CAUGAUACGUUUCCUGUCAAGAUGGCGGAUAAUCUCCCUUCGGAGUUUGAUGUGAUCGUGAUAGGGACGGGUUUGCCUGAAUCCAUCAUUGCGGCUGCAUGUUCAAGAAGUGGACAGAGAGUUCUGCAUGUUGAUUCAAGAAGCUACUAUGGAGGAAACUGGGCCAGUUUCAGCUUUUCAGGACUGUUGUCCUGGAUAAAGGAAAAUCAGGAAAACAAUGACAUUACAAAUGAAAGUUCACCAUGGCAAGAACAUGUCCUUGAAAAUGAAGAGGCCAUUGCUCUUAGCCAGAAGGACAAAACCAUUCAACAUGUGGAAGUAUUUUGUUAUGCUAGUCAGGAUUUACAUGACGAAGUUGAAGAAGCUGGUGCACUGCAGAAAAAUCCCGCAUCUGUGACAUCUGUGAAGUCCCCAGGAGCUGCAGAGUCUGCCUGCCUUGCCACAGAAGAUGAGUCAUUAAGCAGUGCGAGCUGUGAAAUGCCUGCAGAACAAACUCCAAGCAGUGAUCCCAAGAGCACCCCGGAAGUAAAUGAUGCUGAAGGGACAGGAGGGAAGGAAAACCACUGUGAUGACAGAAGCUCAGAAGAAGAAGCAAACACAAAUGUGCCCACAGCAGCAGACGCAAAAGAGCAACUGAAAACAAAUAGGAUUACUUAUUCACAAAUUAUUAAAGAAGGCAGGAGAUUUAAUGUUGAUUUGGUAUCAAAGCUGCUCUAUUCUCGAGGAUUGUUAAUUGAUCUUCUGAUCAAAUCUAAUGUUAGUCGUUAUGCGGAGUUUAAAAACGUUACCAGGAUUCUUGCAUUUCGAGAAGGAAGAGUGGAACAGGUCCCAUGUUCCAGAGCAGAUGUUUUUAAUAGCAAACAACUUAGUAUGGUAGAGAAGCGGAUGCUAAUGAAAUUCCUUACAUUUUGCCUGGAGUAUGAGGAACAUCCUGAUGAGUAUAAAGGAUAUGAAGAGGUUACAUUUUCUGAAUACUUAAAAACUCACAAAUUAACUGCCGGCCUCCAAUAUUUUGUUCUGCAUUCGAUUGCAAUGACGUCAGAGACAGCCACCACAACCUUAGAUGGCCUCAAAGCUACCAAACACUUUCUUCACUGCCUUGGGCGAUAUGGCAACACCCCAUUUUUGUUUCCUUUGUAUGGCCAAGGAGAAAUCCCACAAUGCUUCUGCAGGAUGUGUGCUGUAUUUGGUGGAAUCUAUUGUCUUCGUCAUCCAGUGCAGUGCCUUGUAGUGGACAAAGAAUCCAGAGAAUGUAAAGCAGUCAUUGAUCAAUUUGGUCAGAGAAUAAACUGUAAGCAUUUCCUGGUGGAAGACAGUUACCUUUCUGAGAGCAUUUGCUCACGUGUACAAUACAGGCAGAUCUCCCGGGCAGUCCUGAUUACAGAUAGAUCUGUACUAAAAACAGAUUCAGAUCAACAGAUUUCCAUUUUGACAGUACCAGCAGAGGAACCAGGAACUUCUGCUGUUCGGGUCAUUGAGUUAUGUUCUUCAACGAUGACAUGCAUGAAAGGCACCUAUUUGGUUCAUUUGACUUGCACAUCUUCUAAAACAGCAAGAGAUGAUUUAGAACCAGUUGUGCAGAAAUUGUUUACUCCGUAUUCUGAAAUGGAAAUAGAAAAGGAAGAAGUUGAAAAGCCGAGAAUUUUAUGGGCUCUGUACUUCAACAUGAGAGAUUCUUCAGACAUCAACAGGAACUGUUACAAUGAUUUGCCACCCAAUGUUUAUGUGUGCUCUGGCCCAGAUGCUGCUUUAGGAAAUGACAAUGCAGUCAAACAGGCUCAAACCAUUUUUCAGCAAAUCUACCCAAACGAAGACUUCUGUCCACCCCCACCAAAUCCGGAAGACAUUGUGCUUGAAGGAGAGACUUCACAGCCAGAGACUUCAGAAUCCAUUCCCAAAUCAGAGGGCAACUCAGAGACUCCUGAGGAAAGUGUGAACCCGGAAGACCCACCGGCAGCCUCUGAAUAAUGCCUAAUCACCAAAGUAAAGACCUCACUUUUGAAAUCUGCCUGGUCUCAGUUUUCUUGAUGGAGCAACUGUUUGAGCAGUGUUAGAAAGCAGCAGCCAAUUGACACAUAGAACUAUAAGGAGAAACAGGUCAUGGAAAUCCUAAAGGGGAUUUUUUUUUUUUCUUGAAGAGGACAUUCCAACAACACAGACUACUUCUAAAGCACAGCGACUUGCCUAUUUUAAAUCUGUGAGAUUAACAGAUGAAAUUAUGGAUGAAUUGACUCCCAGGAAUCGUUAAGGAUAUGAAAACGGUCCUAUGCAUUGUCAGUAAUUCUGUGCUAUUAGCACAACUUUUAAGCCACAGCUUCAGAAUAAGCUCACGUUUCCUUUGAUUAUUUGAAGUAUAACUUCUCUACUGAUAUGAACAUGAUGACAUACACUAUAAAAGCAUACAUCUAAAUUGAGAUAAAGUAUCAUGAUCCAGGCAUCAGCCUAUCCUGUGUUUGCAAAAUAUUUGUUUUGUCUUUUGAGAAGUAUUGAAAUUUUAAGAUGCUUAAGUAUUUUUAUAAACAAAUCACAAAUCCACUAUCCAUCAGUAUUUGUAAUAUUAAUAGUGAUAUUUACAUGACUCAUCCACAUACCGGGUAAGCUCAGUAACGAAGAGGUGAAAGAAUGAAAUGAAAGGUUAAGAUAGGCUCAUUGGUAUUUGGAGUUUCUGUCCAGACAACUACCUGGAAUAUUAGCCUAAUUGUCUUGAGAUCUAAAUUAGUUUGGCUAUGCUGCUUAUGAUGUUAAGAAAGUUUGGGGCUCCAAUUUCUCCACGUGUUAAAUAGAAAUAGCAAUACCCCCCUGUCUACUCUAUGAAAAUGAUAAGUAUAGUGCCGCCCAUAGGAUGGUUUUUUUCUUAAAGAAAAGUUGCUUCAGAAUUUUCUCAUUGGGUUGAGUAUGAAUGUCAGAAAUCUCAUGUAGUAAAGCAUUGCUGUCCCCAAGAAAAUGAGCAGUGUGUUUGCUACACUGAAUUUUUUUCAAAAUGAAAGCCUUUUUCAUGAAAUAUUAUUUUUAAAGUUUUAUAGGCUAGUAUACAUGAUGAUGCAUAGAAUCAUAGUUUUGAAGUUCUGUAGGGAAAACUUCAUAUUCCUUUCUGAGAGGUCAACUUUAAACAACCAAGGACUGAAUUGAGUAGGGCAGUUCAUAAACCCUAUUCUACUUCCCACAUAAAAAUGUUGGAGCUGUACAUAGGCAGGAAAUGUACUUACAGUGACAGUGCCUAUAUUUAAAUUUUCCCAAAUGCCAAGCCCUGAUGGCCUACUUUUUCCAAGCAAUAGUUCGGAUUUGCAGCUGCCUCAUAAAGAGACAAAAGUUCUUGUUGCAUGCCCUUACCUGUAUCACCUGUCAGGGGGCCAUGACUCCAGUGGAAAGCACACAGUUUGUACACCUCAGCUCAGUGGCUCCCUGACUUCAACAGGUUAUGCAGGCAGACUUUUGUAGAAAUGAAAGAACCAAGGAAUGUGUCUCCUGCCUCAUCUUCCUCUACCCCUGCAGAUAUUGUUGAAUCUACAAGGAAAAAAUUCCUAGCCUCUCAGGCUGCUCCUAAGCUCACCUCCAACUGUACAGCCCCUUCCCUGUCUCUGUAGCCUCCUCUUCCUCUCUCUUCCUCUUUUGUAACGUCACAUAAAUCAGGGACAAUAGAAUCACAUUAUAACCUACUUUGCUAUAGGGAUUUCAGAUCAUAAGGCAAAUCAUGUUUCCUGAAACCCACUAAGGCUUGCACCAACUGCCUUGUACUUUCCUUUAGUAAACUAGGCAUUGGUCCUGCCCCUCAAUACCAGCAAUAUAAAAGGUUUCACUAACAGAGACUUGAAUCAGAAUGCAAUUGCAGUAAGUGGCACCUACAAAGAUAACCUUUGUUAGAGUUUAGGGCUCCUGAAUACAUCAUAGCAUUUUAUGCAAACAAUCAGGGUAGGCCUAGAAUAGCUAGACAAAUUCUGAUAGCCUUACUGCAGCUGUCUAUGUAGAACAAUGAUGGAGAUGCUUUAUGAUUUCAUUGGCCAGCCCACAUUGUAUCUAUCUCAUCCAUCAGCCAGCAUUGGAAUCUCUUCUAGAUCAUUAAUUACAUACUGUUGAAAUGUUUCAAAGCUCCUGACUUUGAUGUUUAAAUUAUUUGUGAGUUAAUGGUUGAGAUAUACUGAUGCUAAAUACCAUGAUAGAGAACUUUAAAUAUUAACUGUUGCCUCAGAAUGUAAUAGAAAUUAUUGUAAGAACUUUCUUAAGUCCGAAAUCAUAUGAAUGAAAAUCUUGUACAUAAUGCAAACUUUUCUGUAGCAGCGUAAGUUUUAAAAUUGUUAAAACAUUUUGAUGUGUGUGUUGAAAAUAUUUAGUUAUGCAUGCUUAUUUAUCAAAAUGUUAUUAACUAUUCAGUUUAGCAACUGAUAACACACCCAGUAAUUAAUCCUAUAUUGCUACUGUAUUUUUUCUAGUUGAUGUGCCUGCCUAGAAAAACAUAAUAUAUAAUAAAGUUCAAUUUGUAUAUUUUUCUAUAGGAAAAUUAGUUAAGUUUUCCUCAUCUCCUAUGAUAUUUAGCUAUCCAUAGUAUGACAGAUCUGUUAAUGAGUGGCUUCUAGAAUGGUGGCAAAUUCUGAAAUUGUCAACCUUUGAUAAUGGUCAUGCUAAGGUUUAACUUCUGUCACUCCUCUAGAUACAUGAAUUUUGCAAUUUGAUCGCUAAAUAGUAGUGAUCCUUUUAAGCAGGAAUUAUAGCAAUUUUCUUGCAAAUCAAUUAUUUAUGUCUACUUGUUUGGAAUAAUGUCUUAUUCUGAAUUCUCUUAAGCAUUUCUAAAAGCAUGAAAUACAAGUUCAUAAUUUGCACAGUAUAAAUGGUAAGUUUUCAGAGGAAAUAAAGACUGUUUUCAAUGCCUUUGAGGUGUGGCAUGCAAUUUUUUUCAUGUUAGAAUUUGGUAUACAUGCCAAUAACUUAAAGAUUAUCUUGGACCUGAUAUUUUUAGUUUUACCAUUAUUUAAAUAAUUAAUCAUUGAACUGUAUACUUGAUUUUCUUUUUAAGCAUCUGCCAAUGAGUUUAGUUGUUUGCUUGUAGGAAACCAUUCCAGAUGCCAGCAUUGAUGUCAAUAUCAAAUAAAGGUGGAUUGGACCCUG